UCUCAAUCAGACCUUUCAUUCAAAGAUUGCGCUAAAUGCUGGAUGCUACCUCAUUUCAGACCACGUGCACUGAUACGACUUUGACCCCUUUGCAGAGUCCACAAACUCACAACUUUUGCCAUCUGAAUCAGUUGCCGUCGUACCUCAAAAUUCAGGGGCCGGUUCUGUUUUCGAAAGCGGACCGAAUCGCGUACACGGCAUGAUGCCUUCUAUGACCAAGGCAGAGAGCAUUGGUCGCUCUCAUACAUCGAUUCUUCGCCGGCUGAUUGACCCAAAUCUGGUGGACCAUAGACGGUCUGCCUGUCAAGUGGCAUAGAUCAACUUGAGUUUUUCAACCCCUGCAAAGGCUUCCUCCGAAGUCAGGGGUCGACUUGAAAAUUUCUGCCACGUAUGCGCCUUCUUCUGGAUGUGUAUAAAGUCUACAGACCGCAUAUCAUCCGCAAAAUCCUGCACAAGAACGCUAUCAACGAAGCUCAUGCAAGGUCUCCCUGUCCUUUCACUUGUGACAGCAUUGCUGGGCCUCACCAACGUCCAAGUCCAAGCCGAAGAAAAAAAUGUAACUGAUGAGCUGUGGAAGCCCGAUUACCUCCACAUUCUCAACUUCUUCGACCAGCAGUCUGGCAACGAUAAUAGCAAGACAGUAGUGAUCGUGGACGAGGCCGGGAUUUCUUGCCGCUCGGGCGAGGCGGCUGAAGGGAAAUAUUUCUAUAUCCCAAACAAAACUUGGCAGAAGCUCGCUACAGUGGUCUACCGCAGUAACGUAACUUCUGCUAAUGAACUGAACUUGCAGAACUGCGACGACGUCAACCUGGAUGAAGAGCCGUUCCAAUUGAUGGUUGAAUUCGAGAUGUCAAACCUUAGUGACUUCUUAGUCGGUGAUGACAACGAGAAAGCGGAGCUCAAGGCGGAUUGGGAGAAGGCC